AUGGCCGCGCGAAUUCUCCACCCCACAUAUCCUCCGUUCGUCCUCCUCUGCAUCCGCCCCCUAUUUAUCUCUCCCAUCCUCUGCCCUCCUCUCAACCUCCCCCACACUCCCAAUUCUCACCGCGAGUUCUCCACCACUUGCAUCAAAUUCUGGUUCCUCCUCGCAAAAAUCACAAUGAAGUUCGGCAAGAGUCUGAACAACCAGACCGUGGAGACGCUCCCCGACUGGCGCGACAAGUUCCUGUCCUACAAGGACCUCAAGAAGCAGCUCAAGCAAAUCGGCGCCGUAGCCGGCACUGGCGAGCGGCGGAGCAAGCGCCAGCGUGUGGGCGACGGCGAUGACCCCAGAGGAGGCCGGGUUUGUCACCCUCCUCGACGCCGAGCUCGACAAGUUCAACGCCUUCUUCCUAGAGAAGGAGGAGGACUACGCUUCAUCCGGAUGAAGGACUGGUCAAGAUCCUCAAGAAGUACGAGGACCGGCGCACUGAUCCGCCUGCCCUUCAUCCAGAACGUAAUGCAGGAGCCAUUCUACGCUACCGACGUCCUGUACAAGCUCGUCAAGGAGUGUGAGGAGAUGCUGGACCAGCUCCUGCCCCGAAACCAGCGGUCUGUGCCAAGCGAAGACGACGGUAAAGAAGACAGUGACAGCGACGACAAGCCGGCGAAGCCCAGCGCCUCGCUGGCCAACGGCAAUGGCACUGGGGACAUGUGGAGGAAAUCGAGGACAUGGAGAGCAUGUACAUGA